CAGCGUACUGCCUGCUGUGGGAGAGCCACAGAAGCAGGCCGGGAAGGGGUAGUGUUUGUUGUUUCCUUUUUCCCUGUACUCGGGGAGGACUGGCUGGUCCUUUCCUCGCCCCGCUAUUGCGUGCCUGUUUCCCAGCAUUAUUUUUUUUCUUGAAAUUCAGAGGUGACGGCUGCUGUUGGGUGAGGGAGUGAGGGGUGCACCCCUCCUUCAACCCAAGCAAAUUGCGACUGUCUGAGCCUCCAUGGGCCCGACCCGGAAGCCCAACGUGUGCAGCCAGCUGAGUCGCCGGGCUCUGGGCUUCUUCGCCCGCGACGCAGGCGUGGUGCAGAGGACAAACCUGGGCAUCCUGCGGGUGCUGGUGUGCCAGGAAAGUACUAAAUUUAAGAAUGUUUGGACAACUCAUUCCAAGUCACCUAUAGCCUAUGAGAGAGGAAGAAUAUAUUUUGACAAUUAUCGGUGUUGUGUCAGCAGUGUUGCAUCAGAGCCAAGAAAACUUUAUGAGAUGCCAAAGUGUCCCAAAUCAGAAAAAAUAGAGGAUGCUUUGUUAUGGGAAUGCCCAGUGGGGGAUGUACUUUCCAAUCCAUCAGAUUAUAAAUCCUCACUCAUAGCACUGACUGCUCAUAAUUGGCUACUCCGUAUAUCGGCGACUACAGGAAAAAUUCUUGAAAAAAUAUAUCUCGCCUCUUACUGCAAAUUCAGGUACCUGAGCUGGGAUACUCCUCAAGAAGUCAUCACAAUCAAGUCAGCUCAGAACAAAUGUUCUGCAUUGGCUUGUCAGGCAGGCAUUCAGCAGACUGUUUUGUUAUACCUUGCAGUGUUCCGAGUUCUGCCUUUUUCACUUGUAGGGAUUGUAGAGAUCAACAAAAGGAUUUUCGGGAACAUUACCGAUGCUACCCUCUCUCAUGGGAUACUAAUUGUGAUGUACAGCUCAGGACUGGUCAGGCUCUAUAGCUUCCAAGCCAUCACUGAACAGUUCAUGCAACAGAAACUUGACUUAGGGUGUGCAUGCAGAUGGGGUGGGACUACUGGAACUGUAGGAGAGGCUCCUUUUGGCAUCCCUUGUAAUAUUAAAAUCACAGACUCACCACCAUUGCUCUUUGAGGUGUCAUCUCUAGAAAAUGCUUUUCAAAUUGGAGGCCAUCCUUGGCACUACAUCAUUACACCCAAUAAGAAGAAACAGAAAGGAGUUUUCCAUAUUUGUGCCUUGAAGGAUAACUCCUUGGCAAAAAAUGGGAUCCAAGAAAUGGACUGUUGUUCUUUAGAAUCUGACUGGAUCUAUUUCCAUCCUGAUGCUUCUGGUAGAAUAAUACAUGUUGGUCCAAAUCAAAUCAAAAUUUUAAAGCUAAAUGAAAUAGAAAAUAAUAGUUCUCAGCAUCAGAUCUCUGAAGAUUUUGUAAUUUUGGCCAAUAGGGAGCACAAAAAAGAAAACUUAAUCACUGUUACAGCUUCUGGAAGGGUGGUGAAAAAAAGUUUUAACCUUCUGGAUGAUGACCCAGAACAAGAGACUUUCAAAAUUGUGGACUAUGAAGAUGAGUUGGAUUUGCUCUCUGUAGUAGCUGUUACUCAAAUAGAUGCUGAAGGAAAAGCUCACUUGGAUUUCCACUGUAAUGAAUAUGGAACGUUACUUAAAAGCAUUCCACUAGUGGAGUCAUGGGAUGUGACAUACAGCCAUGAAGUCUACUUUGACAGAGACUUGGUGCUCCACAUUGAACAGAAACCCAACAGGGUCUUCAGCUGCUAUGUAUACCAGAUGGUGUGUGACCCUGGAGAAGAAGAAGAAGAUGAAGAAGAAGAAGAAAUCCUAAACUCAAAUUGUUAAUAAGAGUGAGACAAUUACGGCUUAGGACUGUUAGCCCAGCACCUUAGAAACUGUGUCCAGUUCUCUUUUUUUAUUUUCUGGUUGGCAUGUUCUACGAUUUUGUCCAGAAAAGGUCUUGUAUUAGCUGGGGAUAUAGCUCAGCCACACAGCACCUGCCUGGCAACCACGAGAUUGUGAGUUCAAUUCCCGGUACAAAAAAAAAAAGAAAAGGCCUUGUAUUAACUUCAGAUGACUAACAUUAAAUGCUUGACAUGAAAAUUGGUGGGGUUUUUUAUAAUGCUGUCCCAGGAGGUAUAGUAUUUGGAAACUUUUAGCUAGGUGCUAAUGCAAAUAUAAAAUGCUGAGGAACGGAGAACAGAUGAAUGCCAGACGUUACGGAGAGAACACUUGCUGUGGAAGGGUUUAACAAGGUUUUUAAUGGAAUUUUGAUUGAUAAGGCUAGGAGAGAGACAAAAAGAAAAAUUAGAAAGAUACAGAAAGAUCCUCGAGCCUCCAUUCCAAACUUUGCUUAAGAAUAAAAAAUAUAUAAUGUGAAAGCCUACUUUUGAGCCUUAAACGUACGGUAUCACGGGUUUUUAAAAAAACAUUGUAUGUAUGUAUAUAUGUUUUGUAUUUGUGUAUAAUAAUAAGAAUUAGUUCUGGUUUCCAAAUUACCUUUCCUUCCAUGGUUCUAUUCUCUUGGAUGGACGUCCCCAUUAAAUAUUUUGUUUGUCGGUUGGUUGGUUUUGGUUUUGGUACUGGAAAUCAAACUCAGGACCUUGCAUUUGCCAAGUAGUUGCUUGUGCUGCUGAGCUGUAUUCCCAGCCCCAUUAAAUAUUUUGUGUUUCUGUUGUAGACUAAUAUAAAAAACUCUAAAUAACUUAAAAUGAAAAUUUUUUUCUCUCAUCAGUAGGGCUGUUUACAUCUACAAAUGUUGCUGUCAUUAAUCAUUCUGUUUACUCAUUGUUUUGUUUAGGUGAUACUUUUUCAUAAGUAUACAAGAAAAUAAAGCGACCGUAGCCUGUGCCAGUUUAGUUCCCUAUAGAGGAGACAGUGAGGUCCAACAGGGGUUCUUCCUGGAACAGCAGUUACUUAAUUGGCCAGAGAAAGUUUUUGAUUAUCUUAAUUACAAAAGGAAUAUUUUUUCUUCUUUCCUAGGACAGAUCUAAAUACGAUACUUAAACUGCAGUAAUCUUUAUGACAAUGUUAAAUGAAGGCAGCCUAAGAAAGGGAUAAAAAUGUUUGUUUGUGCUUUGUGUUUAAGCCAUGAGUUGCUGGCAAUCCACUUGAUCAACACAUUUCUUUGAUGCAGCAUCAAAAGAAUAACAAGUUUAAAAAAACAGCAGUAAAAAUCAUUGCUGAAGAUGAAAAUGCGGAAUUUUAGCUUGAAUAAUUUGCAUUAAAAUCCUUCAAUUUAGGCUUUGGUGUCAUGUUAAAAAUUGAUAUGAAUUCUGUUUAAUUCAUUGUACAAUACUUUUUUUUCAUUGUAAAAUUUUUGGGAUGUUUACAAGUAGAUUUUAAGCUUAUUACAAUCAAUAGGAUUAAGGAAAAUGUUGUAGUCAGGGUUUGUGAGAGAAAAGACUUUAUAUAGGACACAUAAUUUAUAGGACUAUUUUUAAAAAUUCACCCAAAAAGUCAAAUACAGAACAGUACAAGAGAUCUGACCUUGCACUAGAGACCCAAAUAAUCCAGCACAGAGCCUGGAUCCGAUAGCAAUGUCCUCCACAAGUCCCAACUGGAGGCCUAGAACCCACGACAAUGUCUCAUGCAAGUCUAUCAGGGAUCUGCACUGGAAAGUCCCAAAGGUCAGUGGUGGAAGCUAAAAAGUCUGAGCCAGUAGGGUGAAGGAUCUUUGCCAGCAGACUGAGGGAUCUGCACUGGAACCAAGAAACAGACUAAGGUAAGGACUAGUGCUCCACCAAAGAGAACUGCAGCCAUCCUUGGCAGCAGCAGGGACCCGAGCUCCUCCGAGGAUGGAAACAGCUGAAUUCAUAUCAGCAAAACCAGCGUGACAAACUUCUUCAGAAAACUGGCAGCACCAUCUUCCUUUCCAGUUCUGUUUUUAUGCUGUAGGCAGCAAUCCUCAGUUGUGCCUUCUACACCCAUCAGCACACUGAUUCAGUUCCGCCGGAUUUACAAAUUGACCAUUAGUUAAUCCACCACAAAGAGAAAGAUGUUGUGUAUUUCAAAAGUCAAGGUAACAGUACGAGGGUCUUUAAAAGAUAGAAAAGAAACCACCUUUUGUACAAUAGAAAAAAGGAUAUAAGUUAAACAUCCCUUAUCUGAGAUGUCUAGGACCAAGAGUGGUUUGGAUUUAAAUUUUUUUCCAGUUUUAGAAUAUCUGCAUGUACCUAAUGCACUCUUGGAAAUGGGACUCAAAUUAAAACAUAAACUUUUAUUUCAUGUGCACCUUAAAUACGUACCCUGAGGGCAACUUCGUGCACUAGUUUUAGGGUACCUGUGUUUAGACUGUGUCCCAUCACAUGAGGUCAAGUAUGGAAUUUUUUAUUUGUGGCAUCAUGUCAGUGCUCAGAAAGUUUUAGAUUGUGGAAUAUUUUGAUUUCCAGAUGAGAAAUGCUUAACCAGUACUAACACUUGAGAAUGUGGUAAAAUAUAUAUGGGCUAAAAUAAGUAUUUCUGAAUCUAAUUCUAUGUGUAAUAAACAUCUGAGAAAACAGAAGUAUACCUUAGCAAGAUGAUAAAAUUAUCUUGAUAUGUUAAAUUCUAAUGCUGUCUUAUCUAACUGAAAAAUUAUUCUCAUUUUAUGCAUAUUAAUAGUACCAUUUACUGUGUUUGAAACUUCUAAAGACAUGAUUAUGAUUACAGAAUAGUUCCAUAAUUAGUGUCUAGAUACUGUGUCAAACUCGUUUUGUUUUGUUGAGACAGUCUUACUAUGUAGUUCAAGCUGCCCUAGAACUCACUGUGUAGCUCAUAGCCAGGCUGGCUUUUGCAAUGAUUCUCCUGCCUCGGUCUUCCAAGUACUGGAAUUCUAGUGCCUCAAACUUUCAAUUAGACUAUAUCUGCAUUGUCCUGCUUAAUAAAUUUAUAUCUUGAAAAAAGUAGUUUGGCAAGGAAAGCACAAACACUAACACUGUAGGCUUCAGAGCAAGCAUAAUAUUGUGUAAUAGCAGAGUGUGUGGUCUUAAUUUUAAACAUCUUUAGACUUCCAUUGUGAGAGACUUUUUCUAAGGCAGUCAUUGAGCCUUUCAUAAUGUUUACUACCUUUUGGUAAAAUGAUGGAAAGGAACUCAGCGCUCAGGAAGGCAUUUGAGAACUGAGAUGCCUGGAUUUUUUGGCAGGGGUGAGGGAUGAGAUACUUUUGGUCUAGAUGUAAAGUGACCAUUAAGAAAUUCCUAAUAUGUUACCACUGCCAAAAUGGAAUAGACCAGGAUCCAAAUGGUAUAUGGAUUAGGCGGGAAAUAGAUCUAGUUUGGAACAGAGUAACAAACAGGAGAGCUGUAUCCCAACUAAAUAAGCUGCAGCUACUGUACUUCACUCUAGCUGAUUGUAAGAGUGAAUGGGAGUGUACAUGAUUGUUGACAGCAUGUUUGCUAAUAAGAUGCCAAAAGAUACUGAGAAUAACAGAGAUUAUGGCAAAUUGAUCUACUGCAAAUAGCAAGAGACAAUACUAUAUGCUUCCCCCAAAGACGUGGAGUGUCUCAGCACCCAAUGUCACGUGGCCCUUUAUACUGCCACCUGCCAGACUAGAGGCAGAUUAGUCAGUAUCCUCUUGACCCACCUUAACCCUUGUCUGCCUGAUUGUUUCAGUGACUCUGCUACUAUUAAAGUAUCGCCCAUCCACGUAACACGUACAAGCAACAGGUACAAAACAUGGGUGACAUUUCUGUGUUUAACCCAAGACCAAAUGAAGCAGAGUUACUUUUCUCAGCCAGUACUGACUUUAAGCUGAAAAGAAGUGCAUUUCUGUGUUUUCCACCUUGAUGUAAGUUUUUCUUACUAUCCUUGCUGCAAGCUUAUUGUUUGAUUUUCUGCAGUGUUUGAUAUAAUUCAAGGAGAAAACAUUCUGUCACACUACUUGAGCUAAUAAGUACUAUACAUUCUUGAAAUGUUUUAUGUCAUAGGCCCUUGGGUUGUUUGUUCGUUUGUAUGUUUUCAUUUUUGUUUUCAGACAGGCUAUGUAGUGUAGGCUGGCCUUGAGCAUACUAUGUAGUCCAGGCUGGCCUUGAACUCAGGGUGAUCCUCCUGCCUCAGCCUUCAAGUGCUGGGACUACAGGUGUGCAGCACUGUGCCCAGCUAUAUAUUUUUUUAAAGUAGAAAUUUUCUGGGAGACUGAGGCAGGGAAUUCACAAGUUUAAGCCUAGUCUGGCCAACUUAGCAAUUAGGCUGUGGCUCAAAAUUAAUAAUAAUAAUAAUAAGGGUUGGGGGUAUAACUCAGUGCAGAGAUCCUGAGUUCAAUACUAGUACCACAGGAAAAAGAAACAUAUUUUGCAUCUGUCAGUCCCUGUGAUGUACUUACAAUGAAGUCUCAUUUCAUAUUCAGAAUAAGCAGGUGGUUAUUUUUGAAUAUGAAAAGGGAAAACUACCAUUGUCUCUGCGUUUUUAGAAAUGAAGGAUUGAGACUUAACAGAAGUUAGUUUUCCUAAGUUCCCACAACAGUAGCUGUAGAAAUAGGAACAAAAAUAGAUUUGGGUGAUAAACUUAUGUAUGCCAUGUUUUCCUCUGAAGCUCUCGAAAAGCAGUUGAUGUUAUUUUAUCACACAUAUAAAUUACUGACAGUUAGCAAUACUGGGUAAUGGGAAAGUGUUUCAUGUGUUCUUUAAAAAAAAAAACCUUGGUGCAGCUGAGGAUUGAACCUAGAGCCUUGAGCAUGGUAAAUAGGUGCUUUUAACCACUGAGCAACCUCCCCAGCCUGGUGUGUGUUUUGUUUUGUUUUGGGGCGGGGGGGGGGGUUGUUUGUUUUUAAUAAUGAUGGAAUAUCCAAGUUUUGGGUGAAGUUUGGCCUAGAGACAGUUCACACGUAACUUGACAGAAAAGACAAUUCUUCAUUCACUAGUUAGAAGUCCUUUAGAAAUGAUACCCAUUUUGUUUGUAGUGACAGAAAAUCACAGUAUGAGUAAUUACUCUUAAUGUAAUCUAGCUUCCAUUUCAGUAAUUGUUAUACUCUUUUUCUUACUAUGUAAGAAGGUAUACAUUUGCUGAGUGUUUGCAAAUACAUAACCCAAACCAUUUUGAAACUUUAGAAUGCACAGUUCGCCUGCAAGUUUUCUACUUCCCCUGCAUGAUCCGUCCCUCCCCAUCUCUCAGGUAGAACUGCUGUUCUUAUUCUUUUGUAUCCCAGGUUAUAUUUGCCUAUCAUGAAAUUUAAUAAAACUUUGAGCAUAAUGCUUUUGAGAUUUA